GCAUAAUGCAACCGCGUGUAUGUGAACGUGAGUGACUCAUCUAAAUACGACUUUGGUUACAUAUGGGGAGCGUCACACAUGCGACCGACUUUGCCGCGCUGACCGCUGGGUUUAAGUGUUCGUGCGAGCCCAUUCUUGCCACGGCUGGCUCGGUACCGACACGAAGUCAUGUCUGCCUCCCGCACGAUUAUCUGUUUACUAAGAAACGACUUACGAAUCCACGACAAUGAGGUGUUCCACGUGGCCCAAAAGCACGCCGACCACAUUGUGCCGCUGUACUGCUUCGAUCCCAGACACUACGUGGGAACGUACAAGUACAACCUCCCAAAGACGGGGCCCUUCCGCUUGCGCUUCCUGCUGGAAAGCAUCCGAGACCUCCGGAACACGCUGGUCAACAAGGGCAGCAACCUGGUAAUAAGACGCGGGAAGCCGGAAGACGUGGUGGCCGACCUCAUCCGGCAACUGGGCUCCGUCAGCGGCGUCGCCUUCCACCAAGAGGUGACUUCCGAAGAGCUGGCAGUGGAGAAAGGCGUGAAGGACGUGUGCGCGCGCAUGAAGGUCCGAGUGCACACUUGCUGGGGCUCCACGCUGUACCACCGAGACGAUCUGCCGUUUCAGCACGUGUCCAGGCUGCCGGAUGUUUACACUCAGUUCAGGAAGGAAGCGGAGUCCAAGAGUCAGGUCAGGGCCGAGUUUCCCACCCCGGACCGACUGAAGCCUCUUCCCGGAGGGCUUCAGGAGGGUGACAUUCCCACCGCAGAAGACCUGCAGCAGACAGAGCCUUUGAACGACCCUCGCUCGGCUUUUCCGUGCGCUGGCGGUGAAAGUCAGGCGCUGAGCAGACUCCAGCAUUAUUUCUGGGACACUGAUGCAGUCGCAACCUACAAGGAAACUCGCAACGGCUUGGUCGGCGUGGACUAUUCCACCAAAUUUGCACCCUGGCUGGCCAUGGGCUGCAUUUCCCCGAGGUACAUCUAUCAUCAGAUACGUCGCUAUGAGAGGGAGCGAACGGCCAAUCAGAGCACAUACUGGGUUAUUUUUGAGCUUCUGUGGCGGGAUUACUUCAAGUUCGUCGCACUCAAAUAUGGAAAUCGUCUGUUUCAUAUCAAGGGACUUCAGGACAAAACUAUUCCCUGGAAGAGGGACAUGAAACUUUUCAACGCAUGGAAAGAGGGACGCACAGGCGUCCCCUUCGUGGAUGCCAACAUGAGGGAAUUGGCCAUGACGGGCUUCAUGUCCAACAGAGGGCGCCAAAACGUAGCCAGCUUCCUCACCAAGGACUUGGGCCUCGACUGGAGGAUGGGAGCCGAGUGCUUUGAGUACCUUUUGGUCGACCACGACGUCUGCAGUAACUACGGCAACUGGCUGUACAGCGCGGGCAUCGGUAACGACCCCCGGGAAAACAGGAAGUUCAACAUGGUCAAACAAGGCCUCGACUACGACGGCAACGGCGACUACGUGCGGCUUUGGGUUCCCGAGCUGCGGAAAAUCCGGGGGCCCGACGUGCACGCGCCGUGGACCCUCAGCGGGGCGGCGCUGUCGCACGCCGACGUCGUCCUCGGCGAGAGUUACCCCGCCCCGCUCGUCGUGGCGCCCGAGUGGAGCCGGCACGUCGGCAAGAAGCAGAACGGUAGCGGGCCGCACCAGAGGGGCAGAAAGGGUCCGUCCCACACCCCCAAGCGGCACGGCGACCGGGGCGUCGAUUUCUAUUUCUCCAGAAGCAAAAACCUUUGAGCUCGGAUCAAUACAACCCAACACGAUGCUAACUCUCGUUUAACUCUCAUUUUGUUACACACACUCUUUGAAUUUAUGUUCCUACUGGAACUGGUAUUUACAUGUCUUAAAUGGUGCUAUUAUUUUGGGAA